UUAGUUUUAAGGGGGUUCAAUAUAUAACUUAAGAAAAAAUUUAAAUAAGAAAUGGGGUCAAAGAGGGAUCGAACCCGGAUUUAUGGAGUGUCAACAGGCGAAUUUAACCAUCAGAGCUACUUAAUCUCCAUGACAUUUAAGCCUAAAUAUAAUUUUCAUAACAUUUAUGGGCUUGACGGCGUUGCAAGAAUCCAUAACACAGAUGGACUUUUGCAGCUAACCGAUGACACGACUCUUCAAAUGGGUCAUGCUUUCUUUAACCGUCCAUUCGAUUUCGGUUCUGAUCAACCUCUCUCUUUCUCGACUCAUUUCGUUUGCGCUCUGGUCCCUAAACCAGGAGCUGGUGAUGGUGGGCAUGGGACUGCCUUUGUUCUAUCUUCUUCUAUGGAUCUCACUCAAGCAGACCCAACUCAAUACUUAGGACUCUUAAACAUGUCAAGUAACGGAUAUCAAAUUUUAGCUGUCGAGCUCGACACCGUCAAAACGGCAGAGUUUGACGACAUGGACAAUAACCAUGUCGGUAUAGACGAAAACAGUCUCCAUUCCGUUGUCUCGGCUUCAGCUUCUUAUUACUCGGACAGAGAAGGGACGAACAAAAGCUUGACGCUCUUGAGUGGAGAUCCUAUACAUGUGUGGAUUGAUUAUGAAGGCACUCUACUCAACGUUACAUUAGCUCCUUUAAUAAUAGAUGAGAAGCCAAGUAAGCCUGUUUUAUCAAGAAACAUCAAUCUCACAUCAAUCUUCCCAGCUCGAAAAGCUUUUGUCGGAUUUUCUGCAUCAACUGGAACAUUGGUGAGUUAUCAGUACAUCUUAGGGUGGAGUUUCAGCACAAGUAGCAAUUCAUUAAAGAGCCUUGACGUCUCAAAACUUCCCACGGUCCCUCAUCCCAAGAUGAUACCUAAGAAAACAUCUCCUCCGCUUAUUAUUCUAAUGGUUAUACUUGCACUCAUAGUGAUGGCUGUUCUUGGAGGUGUGUGUGAGUACAGGAUAAGGAAGUACGCUGAAGUGAAAGAGCCAUGGGAAAAGCCGUACGGUCCACUUCGAUAUUCCUACAAAAGCUUGUAUAAAGCAACAGGAGGGUUUAGCAAAGAUGGUCGUCUUGGGAAAGGCGGUUUUGGAGAAGUCUAUAAAGGAACUAUGCCUCUUGGAGGAGAUAUAGCGGUGAAGAGACUAUCACACGGCGCAGAGCAAGGGAUGAAGCAGUUUGUUGCUGAAGUUGUGACAAUGGGAAGUUUACAGCACAAGAACUUGGUUCCUCUUCUUGGGUAUUGCAGGCGAAAAGGCGAGUUAUUGCUGGUCUCCAAGUACAUGGAAGGGGGUAGCGUUGAUCAAUACUUGUUUCAAGAUGAUAAACCACCUCUCUCGUGGUCUCAAAGACUCGCGAUUUUGAGAGAUAUUGCAGCUGCGCUCUGUUACUUGCAUACAGGAGCUAGUCAAGUUGUUUUACACCGAGAUAUCAAAGCUUCUAAUGUCAUGUUAAAUGGAAAUUUACAAGGGUUUUUAGGAGAUUUUGGGAUGGCUAGGUUUGAUGACAACCUCUCUGCAACGGCAGCUGUUGGAACCAUAGGUUACAUGGCCCUCGAGCUGACAUCAACAGGACCUUCCACUUGGACCGAUGUGUACGCAUUUGGGGCUUUCAUGCUUGAAGUAGCAUGUGGGAGGAGACCAUUUGAUCCCGAGAUGCCGGUUGAGAAGCGACAUUUGGUCAAGUGGGUUUGUGAAUGUUGGAGAAAAGGUUCUCUAGUUGAUGCUAUGGAUACAAGAUUGAGAGGUAAAUUCUCACUUGGAGAAGUCGAAACUGUUUUGAAACUCGGGUUGCUAUGUACAUGCAUUGUACCAGAUUCAAGACCAACAAUGGAACACGUGGUGCAAUUCAUAAACAGACACCAAACACUGCCUGAUUUCUCUCCAGAUACUCCUGGAAUUGGAGUUUCUACGCCGGUGUUGACGAGGAUACAUUCUUUGGCGAUCACUUCCACUUCAGAGACCUCAUCACCAUCAGUUUCUUCUUCCUCUGCCAAUAAUUCCAUGUUCAUUUCUCACACAAUCAUAUAUGGUGAUGGAAGAUGAGAUCUGACAAACUUUCUUCAUAUUCGUUGGAAGAUGUACCUACCUCAUACAUAUCUCAUUUUCUAGUUACAUAUAGUUUUUGUCAAUAAGGUCGUGUGUUUGAUUGAAUAAGGGAUCAUGUUGUAAUAACUACUUAGUGUUCGUGUGAAUAUGAACAAUGAAACUCUCCAUUCCUAAUCUAUUUGUUUGUAUUGUCGUAAUUUUUCUUCUAGUUUUCUACGUUGUUAUUUUAGUUGUGAUUGUCAUUUCUCACAGAUACCUAUAUACAAAAUUGAGAAUUGCAAUGGCUGAUAAACAAAUAUUGCAACGACUAGCUAAUGGUUGCAAGAAUUAACACUCAAAGUUGUACUAGCUUAUCACCAAAGACUACAAUUACAAACGAGUACAAUGGUUCGUGACCAAAAAUUGCAACGAUUCAUCACUACAAGAUCCCAAUCACCAACAUUUGCAAAGUUUCAUUUAAUCAGUUGCAGUUGUCCAACUAGACAAUGGUAAUAGUUUACUUAAACAGUUUCAAAGAUUCACUUAAAUUUCCAACAACCAUUAUCUAUUUAAGUCUAAUUAGAAAUUCAAUUAAUAAAUAGCACAUAUAUCAAACUCAUGCAUAAAUUUAAAUGCGCAUAUAUAAAAUAUUUGUUCUUGGUUUAAAUUUUGUUAAUACUUACCUAUUAAUAAAUAAAUUUAUCUAAAUAGACCAUAAAAUUUUAUCUGAAACCCAAAUCAACAAAACAAAUCAGAAAAAAUCAGACCAAUACAUGAUAUUAUAAACCAUAAAAUAUAAUUGAAAAAUCAUAAAUUAAUUUUUUAAAUAUAUAAUAUUAUAAAAUAAUCAAGUCAUCCAACAAAAUGAAUUACCCAGAUAUUUUAAAGAUAAUUUUUAAGAUUCUUUUAAAAUGUAUAUAAAAUAGAUACGAAAAUGAAAGAAAAAAACAUUAAAACCUAUGAAAUUUGAAUGAAUAGACAUAUCUUUACACAAUUUUGUUAACCUCUUUAAAAUCUAUGAAAUUUUUAGAAUAAAAAUACACUCUUUAGACGAAAUGAUAACUUCUUAGAAAUGUAUACAACUUUUAGAAUAAAAAUCCACAUCAUUAAAAAAGAUAUAUCUUUAGAUAUUUUUGGAUUACUAUUAAUAAUAUAUUUAAUGUUGUCGUCUCUAGUGAUAAAAAUCGGUGCUCGAAGAUACACAUAUCUUGCUCUUAUUGUCUUUAAAUUACCACCUGAUAACAAGCAAAUUUAAUACGAUACAGAUUUUUUUUUGCAUCUCUAUCUUGUGCUUAAGUGAAAUUUUGGGGUUUGACCGACCAAAAAGACAACAUGAGACCUAAAAGUUAAAAUUAUUAAUAUAUUUAAUUUCGUAAAUAUAUAAUAUCAUAAAUUAAUGAACUUACCAAACAAAUAGUUGUAUCAAAAUAUUUUUACAUAUUUUAAGAUUAUUUUAAAAUGUAUACAAAAUAGAUAUGGAAAUGCAUGUGUUAAAGGAUGAAAUUUCUGAUCGUUGUGAGUUUUUUGUGUUGUUAUUUUGGACUAAUAAUUGUAAAGGUGACUGAUAUGCUCAAAUUAACUAUAUUAGUUGCUCUAUAAUUUCAGAAAUGCAGUGUGUUAUUUAGGGAUCAAAUACACAUAGCUUUUGGAUCAUUCAAUAGAUAUCUAUUUUGAAUUAAAUUAAACAAGUAAAUAGUAAGCAUUUGAAAAAAAAAAUGUAAAAAUUGUUAUAGAUGAUAGAUCCCAACAGUUCUAUCAAUCGAACAAUUCAUCCUUAACCAUAGAAAACCUUAAAUCUAACAUGCAAAUUACUGAAAUCGAUGAAACAUAAAUUAGUAUAUGAAUAAACUGCAUUAGUAAAUCCAAAAGAGAAAUAAUGGAGUUCGAAAUAUUUAUCUGCUGAGUUCUAGUUUGUCUCGUUUAUCAACAUUAAUGAUAUCAUAGUUAGAGAUUAUUAGAAAAACUUUAUCAGUCAAAACCUCAUAAAAAUCAAAAUUAUUUAAGCAUGAACAUGUGGAAAAAAGAUACUUAGACGAUGAUAGGUGUAGGAAGAUUUCUUUUUAUGGGUUUCUCAAUGAAAACUGAUUCUUGUUCUCUCUCCAACUUUUUUUUUCUUUUAAGUUUUUAGAUACCAUGAAUAGAAUGUUACAAAAAAAAAAAAGAUACCAUGAAUAGAAUUUUGUGGUGUAGAUGCUCUUGGUGCUACAUAAACUUAUGGUUUCUAACUAUACUUUAUGACUGAUAUUACCAUUCAAAUAAUUUACAUAAUAAUAUACGGUAGAACUUUUAUAAAUUAAUAUUCGAUAAAUUAAUAAACAUCACAAAUUAAUAAAUUCUCAGUUAGAUCAGUAUAAAAUAUAAUAUAAUUUAAUAAAAUAAUAAUAUAUUUAAGUAAAUAUAUGAUUUCCAUAAAAUCAUAAAUUUUUAAUUACUAAUUAUUAUAUAUAUAAUUUUAUAUAAACAGAAAUGAAAUAUUGUAUCGUUUACAUUUUUCAAUAUAAUUUUCAUCUCUAUUAUUUAUUUUCAUUUUAACAGUUUGAUGUUAUUUGACCAUAUCUAAAACCUCAUUUAUUUUUAUGUUAUGCAUUCAAGAUACAUAAAUUAUGUCAAAAUAAUUAUCUCUAAAUUUAUAAACCUUAAUCAAUAAUAUAUAUCAUGAAAUAAUAUAUUAUUUUUUAAAAUAAAAAAUAAAAUUUCAAAUACAUUUAUUUAAAAUAGAAAUUUAUACUACUACCUAUAAAUGAAUAAAAUACGAAAGCCUUAUACCAACGAGAAUUAUACAUAAUGAAACAUAAACAAAUUAAAGCUAACAACUACAUGUAAGAAACACUAUUUAAACUUUAAGAAAAACAACAUUGUUUAAACUUCAAAAGCAAACUUAAUCAUAAUUUAAUUUAAAAUACAAUUUUCAAAACAUAAAACAUUAAUAUUGACCAAAUAAAAAAUAUAUAUUAGACCAAGUAUUUGAGUUAUUCAUGUUAUACAUAAAUAUUUUAGAUAGUGAAUGAUAUCUUAGUGAAUUUUUUGGAUACAUAAUAAGGAUUGAGAUCAGGUUUGGUACAAAUUCUUUUUAGGAUUUUUAAUUUUGAGGGUUUUCGAAUAUCAAUUUGGGUUCAAGUUUGGUUCUGAUAAAACCGAUAACCCGAAAUACCGUAAAACAAGAUUUAUUUGGUAUUUAUGUCGGGUUUCAAUCAUUUUUAACAAUCGAUUUUGGUUUGAAUUUUUAGAUUCGGUUUAUUCGCCCGGCUUUUGCUAAAUUGAAGCAUUUUCAGAUUUAGUCAUCUAAAUGUCUAAUUCCAAGAGAUUUUGGGUAGUCCCAAAUGGUCUUUGGCUGACUAAAUUAAACAAUACUUUUUAUUAAAAUAAUAAUUAUUAAAUAAAUACAAGUGGAAAUCAAAUAAAAAAUUGAGAAAUUGGUAAGAAUGCACCCAAAAACCCAUAUAAUUUGUCAUAUACCCUUGUUUCUUUUUAAUAUUUUUUAUGACUAUAAUAUCAUUAUCUCUAUCUCUCUCUCUUUUCUCUUUUAUGUGUUCUAAUCUCUUUAUCUCUCGUAUAGAUUCUUCAAAUCAUCUUCUAAUUCAACACAAAUCUUUAUUUUUUUAUUCUGAUUCUUUUGACACCCAUAAUGUUAAUCUUAUUAUCUCACCCCAAUUCCAAUGUUUCCAAUUUCGACUCACAAUCAACUUUUAGAUAAUAUAUUUGUUAGUAGGUAUUUUAUUACUUAGCUGCUAUUAUUUAGAUUUUAAUGGAUUUUUAAUCGAUACAUGAAGUGUUAGCUGUUACAAAUAGAUUUGGGGCUAUUUGAUAGAUAACUAAUUAAUUGUUAAUAGUUUCAUUAACUGAUAUAUGAUUUGUUCAUUUGUUUGAUACAUAGAUUGUUAGAUAAUACUGAAAUUAUUAGCUGAUAUGUUAGUUGGUAUGUAGAUUGUUACCUGCUAUGUAAAUAUUUAGCUGAUAAAUCUAAAGUUACUUGUUUUCGAUAAAGCAUGAGAGUAUUAUCGUCCGCACAGUGUCAAAAAGUUACUCCUCUUUGGAUUAUCCAUAAUUAUGGGCAUUAAGCUAAUUUAGACCUUAAUUGGAUAUAUUCCACACAUUCUCCCUAAAAAAAUUUGAUAUUUGUCUUUAUAGAUUUAUAGCCGUGAGUUAUAGAGAUCUAUUGAGUACAAUGAGAAUUGUAAAAAAAAAAUAUUUGUAAUGGUGCUCAUUUUCAGAAAUUCUAUUAUAUUUAUUUUAAAAAGAAAAAUAAUUAAUAAUUAAUUUUUUGGUAAAAUGUUACUAAUAACUCGGUUUUUUUCACUUAACCCAGAUAUAUUUCCGAUUCACGUUUAACCCUGAUAUGACCGUUGGUUUGAUCCAGAUUUACGGAAAAAUAUAAAGCGAUUUAUAAUGAGUGAAAAAGAACAAAAUGAACUACCGCAUUUGAGCCAAAGACAGAGUACUAUUGACACCAAAAACAAAGCAUUGAAGAACCAUAUUCGAUGAUGAUCUGAUUGUCGUGAUGGCCUCAUUUCAAACCACCGGGCGGAAGAGACCAUCGCGAAUAUGAUUACCAUGAUGAUUGAGGGAAACAAUUCGAUUUCGAAUUGUCUUCUCGGUUAGUUCUGUUGAGCCAGUCUUAGGCAUAGCAAAGUGAAGUAUUGGCUUUUGGAUAUUAAGGGUCAUUGUUUACCCUAAAUUGGGUCAUGUCUUCUUUGAUUAAGAUUUCUUCCACACGUAGUAAAUAAAUCAGAUUUUUAUGGUAAGAGAGGGUGUCACACCAGUGGGUUGCCGCCGAACCAAGAAUCUCGUAUUAUGAACAAGUCCAUAAAUGUGAAAGAAUCUGGACUAAACAAAAAAAAGUCUCUGAACUUCGUUAUUCAUACAAAAUAAGUUUUUGUUUUUUUUGACCAAUAAAGUAUGUAUUUGUUCAUUUCGAAGGAGCAUAUAUGUAAAAAUAGUUUAUUUAAUUACAAAUCUAUUAAAAGUAAUAAGUCUCCCUUAUAUUUUAAGUAUUUAUAUAUUUGAUCUGAAAACGUAUGCUUCAAUUUUAUAAAAAAAAGUUUUUAGAAAAUAAAUAAAUAAAAUGGAAUUCUAACAAGUAUUUAGAAGUUAUCAAUGAAUAACACAAGAUUAUAUAUAGAAUUGUUCAUAAAAAUGUGCACAAUGAACACUACUAAAAACGAGUAUCGUAAUAGACUCGCAGUAUAAGAAAUAUCUAGAUGAUAUUUUGACAUGUAAGAUAUAAUUUUCUAAGUCAACUCAAAGUGUGUGUGGUGCAAAUACAUUUCCACUUGAAUUAAUUGAUGGAUUAUGUCGAUACUAUGACUCAUGCAGCAUGAUGUCUUGUGUGUGACAAAUUGAAAUCUUUGGGUGAUGCAAAUCCAAUCUACAGGUAAAAGCCCCCGAAACUUCAUCACGUCAUUUGAUUUUGUUUUUUUUCUUAGAAAUUAGCUGUCUGGAUAUGAAUUUUCCACGCUAAACUACAUAAUUAAAUUAUAUAUAUAUAUAUAUAUAUAUAUAUAUAUAUAUACACUUUUUUGUCAACUGUGGAAAAAGAAAAAGAAACCAACUUUUAGCGC